CAAAGUGACACAAGUUGUACUGAGGCAGAAGGGGUGACAGUUAGCGGAGCUGCCGCCUCCCCCUCCCCGACCGGCUGCCUCUCAAGCGGGACUCAGGCUAGGGAGCCCCCCGGCUGCACAUAUCCCUGGGACUGGGGCCCUCACUCACUCUCACCGCUCUCCCAGGUGCUGAAAUCGCCUUAUGGGUCGGCGUGUGAGUCCCAGGCCGCUGGACUGAGCGUUUCCUCACAAUCGCACAAUCGCCGCCGCAUCGAUUUUACCAUCAUCGGACUCUUUACAGGCGCUGAUACCACUUUAGCGAUUUCUCCAUGUGCUUUUGCCCUGAGGGGCCCCCAGCCGACCGCUUCCGAUCGCCCCAAACAAGCGAUUCUGCCAGCGGGAAAGUUUGGGUAUUUCCAUUGAUGGGGACCCCCCAUCCGUAAGGGACCCCCCCCCCCCCCAGCUCCUCCGACUUUUGUGUUCUGGUUCCUUCUCGGGUCCGGGGUCGGGGAAUCAAUGUUACUGUGAGAGUCGGACGAGGCCAUGGAAGGGGCUAACGGAUUUGGGAUUGACACCAUUCUGUCGCACAGAGCUGGUAGCCCAGGGCUAGCUCAGGGGGACACACUGAUGGGGGAGAGUCGCUCCCCCCUGGAACUCAGUCCCAGCUCGGAAGUCAGCAGCGUCUGCUCUUCUCCUCCCUCCCCGGACAGGGACUGCUUAGACGGGGUCGCCGGCAGGCAAGGGGUCGCCCUAGCCAUGGAAUCGCACCUCCAGCCCGGAGUCCAACUCUCUGCCCCCUCUCAGUCCAGAACUGUCACCUCUUCCUUCCUGAUCAGGGACAUUCUAGCGGACUGCAAGCCCCUGGCCACUUGUGCGCCUUAUUCCAGCAACGGGCAACCGACCCACGACUUGGCCCACUGCUUGGCCAGCAAAGCCGCCGACGACUUCAGGGACAAACUGGACAAGAGCAGCAGCUCCACCUCCUCGGAAUCCGAAUACAAAGGUAAAGUGAAAGAAGAAGGGGACCGGGAGAUCUCCAGUUCCAGGGAUAGCCCCCCGGUGAGGCUGAAGAAGCCCCGGAAAGCCCGCACCGCAUUCACCGACCACCAAUUGGCGCAGCUGGAGAGAAGCUUCGAGCGACAGAAGUACCUGAGUGUGCAGGACAGGAUGGAGCUGGCGGCCUCCCUCAACCUCACCGACACACAAGUCAAGACCUGGUACCAGAACCGAAGAACAAAGUGGAAGAGACAGACGGCCGUUGGACUGGAGCUGCUGGCCGAGGCGGGUAAUUACUCCGCCCUCCAGCGGAUGUUUCCCUCCCCGUAUUUCUACCCCCAAAGCCUUGUGUCCAAUCUGGAUCCAGGCGCUGCCUUGUAUCUCUAUCGAGGACCCACCGCGCCGCCCCCAGCGUUACAGAGACCUCUGGUCCCCAGGAUUCUCAUUCAUGGACUUCAAGGGGGAAGCGAACCCCCACCGGCACUGCCCCCCCUGACAGGAGUCCUACCCAGGGCAGCACAGCCACGGUGAACCCCACUAAUGUGCCCACCACAGGGUUUGCAGGUGCCAACAGGACGGACUGGAGCCCAGCACUGACGCAGGGGGACCUGAGCGGCACGACGGACUGCGGGAAAGACCAGCCUGACAGUCUCUGUUUUAAAGUGACCUUCUAUCCUCUAGCGGAGACCCAUGGGCAACCUCCGGGGAGAAGAUUCUACGUCUCCAAACCUACUGCUUAUUUCUCACAAACUGGAAACAGACAUUUGGAUUGGACGGGAUCAUGGGCAUUAAUUAGUACCAUCCCUGGGUGCUGCGGCUACACGGAACUGUUUGGGUUUAAUCACUUCAAGCCUCCCAUGGGGGUCCAACCUUAACUCAUAGCAAGGUUACAAAUAUUUAUUUAUGGGAUUCAGUCCUACAUCCAAUACGGUUACAGAUAUAUAGAAACAUUGGGGUAACAGUCACCCCGCUAUAGUUCCAGGGAUACCCGGGGCACAAAUAAG